CUCUCUCUCUCUCUCUCUCUCUCUUAUCAUUCAGCCGGCCAUAGUAACUGUAUAUACAUACAUACAUACAUACAUACAUACAUAUAUAUACACAUAUAUACCUGUAAAGAAACACUUGUAGUUAUCACAUCAUGGAAGUUGGAUUUCACCGGCGCAGCGUCCAUCAAGAAGACGAUCAAAACUCGCCAGAAAACAGUGAGGAAUCGCCGCGUUCACCUCUUUCCCAUGACACCAAGGCAACAUCUACUUCCUCUACUAAAAGUAAACGAGGAGCGAAGAAAAGGGUUGUGCACGUACCGAUCAAAGAAGUUGAAAGAUCUCGACUUAAGGGCGAGACAAACGCCCCACCAGCUGAUUCCUGGGCUUGGAGAAAGUACGGCCAAAAACCUAUCAAGGGAUCUCCGUACCCUAGGGGCUAUUAUAGAUGUAGUAGUUCCAAAGGUUGUCCAGCAAGAAAACAAGUAGAGAGGAGCCGGGCGGACCCUACGAUGGUGAUGGUGACGUAUUCUUGUGAGCACAACCACCCUUGGCCGGCUUCAAAAAACAAAAAUCACCACCACCACCACCACAACUACAAUACGCCACCAUCACCACCAACCACCACUGAAGCAACCAAUUCGGACGUUACCAAUGACCAAUUGGAAGAAUUAGAAGAUGACCAUCAAAUUUCAAAUAGGCAAUCUGAGCCUGAGUUUGAGCGUGAGUCUGAGCCUGAGCCAGAGCUUGAGCCUGAGUCUAAGGCUGACCAAAAGUUCACAAGUUUCGAGGUGGGGUCAUCAUGUGGGCCAUUUGCCACAACCACCAAUCAAUACUACGAGUGGUUCUCAGAUUUUGACUCCACAUCACCAACCAUGCUCGAAAGUCCCUUGAUGGCUAGGGACAUGGCCGAAGAUAACGAUAUGGCAAAGAUUUUUUCAAUUCGAGACGACGAAGACUCUUUUUUUGCCGAUCUAGGCGAGCUGCCUGAAUGCACGACCGUGUUUAGGCGGCGGGAGAUAGAAAGGGUGGAGGAGCACCACCGGAAAUUGGCCCCAUGGUGUGGUACCACCGGGUGAUGAUAUUACAAUAAUUAAAAAGUGGCUGCCGAGAAAAAUGUCACCUAACCAAAUUUGUCUUUACUAUUGCAAGGUAUUUGUAAAUUUCAAGAUUUGCAUGCAGUGCGGCCAAAGAUACCAAAAAAGCAAUUUUAAAAUCUUUCUAAAUUUAAAUCUCUUUUUUUAA